AUGCACCAGCUGUAUGUUGAAAGGUAUGAACCUAAAAAAUAUAUUCAAUGGAAAGCUGAUAAGACCACAAAGUUUGAAAUAAACUAUGAAUUUUACCUUCACAUAUUCAACAGUAAAUUUAAUCUUUCGUUUGGAAAACCUAAAAUGGAUGUCUGCAAUACAUGUGACAAAUUCAAAAAUCAAAUAGAUGUGGCGGAAAAUCCUGAAGAAAAAUCUAGAUUAAAUCGAGAGCACUCUCUACAUCUAGCUAAAGCGCAAAAAUUUUAUGACGAUCUGAAUCAGUUAAGUAAAAAAGCUAAAACGGACGAAACAGUGGAUGUUAUCAGCUUCGACUACCAGCAAAACUUGCCAGUACCAGUACUACCGAUAGUCGAAGGGGAAAAAGGCGCGAAUGAGACAGUAUCUUUUUUAAAACAUUAUGUUGACAGUGUUAUUAAUCCUUCUGUUAAGACGCUGUACAUCUUCACGGAUAACUGUGUUGGACAGAACAAGAACAUGGUUGUUGUUCAGAUGUUAUCUGCUUUGGUCGCAACUGGAAGGUUUAAUAUAAUAUACCACCGAUUUCCUGAAAGAGGUCAUUCAUUCCUUCCUUGUGAUCGUAAAUUUGCCCUUGAAAAAGAAAAACGCAAGGUUACAUACCUUUACUUGCCGGAAGAAUGGUACUCAAAAGUAGCAAGAACAUCACAGACUUUUUUAGUUGUCAAUAUUCUUCCAAAAAUGAUUCGGGACUUUCGUUCAUAUUUUCAACCUUUUUUUAAAAAAACCAUAAAAAACUUUACAAUCACAAAAUACAAAACUUUUAAAUAUGAGGAAAAAAAAAUCACAGUUUCUGCAUGUCACAACAUUGAUACUCUAAAUCGAACAUUCAUUGCCUUCAAACCAAACGCAGAUUUAAUUGCGUUAAAGGAAUGGACUGUACCCCAGCUCUACAUUACGAAACUUCCAGUAAAUCCAAAAAAACUUCAAAACCUAAGAGAACUCCUAGACUUCAUUCCUCUAGCAUAUCACGGAUUUUAUGUUUCUUUGGAAACUCAAGACGGGGGAGAGCAACAGCAGGGGGAAAGUGAAACCGAGGCAUCCGACAGCAGUGAUGAAUGAACAGGAAAAAAUUAAAAGUUGUAUUUUUGUAUGUUUUGCGAAUAAAGAAUGAAAACUAGGUAUAU